UAUCCUCAAUCAAUCACUGAAGUACUUGGCCAUGGAAAAAGCACCUCACAGAAGAUUAAUAACCGAACGGUUAGGUGUGGAGUCAACGGAUUUAUCCGCAGGCUCGCGACUCGUCCUAUCCAAUCCAGCUAUUGACAUCUAUCUACUCUCUCUUUGUUUAUUUUUGAAUAGUUAGGGUUUCAAAGAUUUUUCCCUCUCCAAUCUCCAGAUUAAGCCACAGGUCUACCAUAAUCGCACCUGCUUCUGUUUUUCUCAAGGAUCAGACAUAAAUUUGAUCUGAAUUUCAACAAUCUUACUGGAUCACUGGUUCCUAGCUGUUUGGAUAUGGAAGAACAUUCCGUAAAUGGCAUGAUGUCCGGCCCCAAAACGACGCAAGAGCUGGCCAUGGAGGGCCAGAAGUAUCUGGAAGAAACCAUAGAGUUCGCUUUCCAGAUCCUUUCUUCCAUGAACGACGAGCUCUGCAACCCUUCCUUGUGGUCUACAUUUCCCAUGUCAGCGGCAUCCGCUAAUUUGUUUCCUAACGGGCCUUCCUCCCACUCUUCUAGCGGCGCCGUUAGUAGUGAUGCCACUUCCGAUAACUCCAUCCACCACGCGGAGAGUAGCGUUGGUGCCGGUACUGGAGGUGCUCUUGAAGAAGCUCGGUUUCGUUACAAGAAUUCCGUCGCCGCACUUCGUUCCAUUCUCACUGCAAUUCCCAACUCUCAGAGCGCUAAAGCAUUUGAUAGUGGUUCAGCUGCUAGCCCUGCGGAUGAAACUGACAUUGAGAAGUUGGAAGAACGAGCCUUGCGGUUAAGAAAGGAGCUUGCCAACAAGAACAUCCACCUGAAGGCUCUUAUAGAUCAGAUGCGGGAUCUUAUCACUGAUAUAUCCACAUGGCAAAGUCCUUGCUCAAUCUAAAAUUGAAUGAGAACACUUCGAUUAUGGGGUAGUGAGGCCUGGUAACAGAAACCUGGAUAUGGAGUGUUGUAAAUGGCAACUAUGCUUCCUAGUAUCUUCAAUUUAGCCUUAUCAAUAGCUUAAAGUCUACCUUCCUGAAACUAGUUUGAGAAGUGAGCAUGCAUUGACUUGUAAAUGUUCAUCGCUUUAUGAAUUGUAUCUUUACUAACCGCAUCAUGUAAUCCUUCAUUCAAAUAACAUUAACACAUGCCGUUUUCCUUAGUAGGGAAAUUGUAGUAUCAGGGAUAAGACUGGUCUCGAUAAUCUUUUCCACA